CCGCCUCCCAUGGGGCCACUGUCCGCUUAUGGUAAUCCUACUACGGGGCCUCCGACAGGCACGCCCCAGAGCUUAGCGGAGGACUUCCAGUCUCUGUCGCUGAGGUUUCCGCCUGGAACGCUCGACCUGGGCGUUGAUGUGAAAGGGCUGCCACGGCCAUUGGACGGCGACGAGGAGCCCGCCAAGGUUCUGGAGGCGUACCCGAUGAACUGCCACCCGAGGUACUUCCGGCUGACAACCCACGCUAUCCCGGCGUCCCAGUCGUUGGUCUCCAGGUGGCAUUUGCCCCUUGGGGCCAUGGUGCAUCCUCUCGCGAAAUCGCCUGAUGGGGAGGAAGUGCCGGUUGUCGACUUUGAGUCGGCUGGCGUAAUCCGUUGCCGAAGAUGCAGGACAUAUAUUAACCCGUAUGUAACUUUUGCGGAUGCUGGAAGGAAGUGGCGCUGCAACCUUUGCUCCUUGCUCAAUGAUGUUCCUGGUGAGUACUUCUGUGCUCUUGAUGCUAGUGGCAGAAGAUAUGAUACAGAUCAAAGGCCGGAACUUUGUAAGGGAACAGUUGAGUUUGUUGCUCCUACGGAAUAUAUGGUUCGGCCACCAAUGCCGCCUUCGUAUUUAUUUCUUAUUGAUGUCUCAGUAUCUGCAGUUCGAAGUGGGCUGCUAGAGGUAGUUGCAAAGACCAUCAAAUCGUGCCUUGGUGAUCUUCUGGCCUUUCCACGGACACAAAUUGGGUUCGUAACCUUUGACAGCACAUUACACUUCCACAGUUUCAAGUCUUCCUUGAGUCAGCCUCAAAUGAUGGUGGUUGCUGAUUUGGACGAUGUGUUCCUACCAUUGCCUGAGGAUCUCUUGGUUAAUUUGGUUGACUCUAGACAGGUUGUCGAGUCAUUUCUCGAUAGCUUGCCCAGUAUGUUUGAUGACAAUGCUAAUGUAGAAUCUGCUCUUGGUCCUGCACUUAAGGCAGCAUUCAUGGUUAUGGGUCAAUUUGGGGGAAAGUUGCUUGUCUUCCAGAGUACGUUGCCAUCUCUUGGUAUUGGCCGCUUGAGACUUCGAGGAGAUGAUGUCCGUGCAUAUGGAACAGAUAAGGAGCAUAUUCUGAGGGUACCAGAAGACGCCUUUUAUAAACAGAUGGCUGCAGAGUUCACGAAAAAUCAGAUCGCUGUGGACGUCUUUUCUUUGAGUGACAGAUAUUGUGAUGUAGCUUCCUUAGGUUCUCUGGCAAAGUAUACUGGUGGUCAGGUGUACCAUUAUCCAGCUUUCCAUGCAACUACUCACGGGGAUAAACUUAACCAUGAGCUUAGCAGAAACCUUACUCGGGAGACUGCUUGGGAAUCUGUUAUGCGUGUCAGAUGUGGAAAAGGGGUGCGUUUCACCACAUAUCAUGGUCAUUUCAUGCUAAGGACCACAGAUUUGUUAGCUCUUCCAGCUGUUGACCCUGAUAAAGCAUUUGCAAUGCAACUGUCUUUAGAGGAGAGCCUAAUGACCACACAGACUGUAUACUUCCAAGUGGCAUUGCUAUAUACAUCAUCUUCUGGUGAAAGACGUAUCAGGGUGCAUACAGCAGCUGCACCUGUGGUCACAGAUCUUGGUGAAAUGUAUCGUCAAGCAGAUACUGGUGCCAUUGUGUCAUUGUUGGCUAGAAUCGCUGUUGAAAACUCACUCUCUGAUAAGCUGGAUAGUGUCCGACAACAAUUGCAGUUAAAGCUUGUCAGAAGUUUGAAAGAAUACCGGAGCCUAUAUGUUGUACAGCACCGAAUAGGAGGGAGACUGAUAUAUCCAGAAUCAUUAAGAUACUUGCCAUUAUACAUCCUGGCCUUGUGCAAAUCUCUUGCUCUGCGUGGCGGUUAUGCUGAUGUCUCUCUUGAUGAACGGUGUGCUGCUGGUUUCAGUAUGAUGAUACUGCCUGCGAAGAGGCUGCUCAAUUUUGUCUAUCCUUCUUUGUACAGGCUUGAUGAAGUAUUGACAGUGGAGCCAGAUAGGAUUGAUGGGUCCUUGAGGCGAUCGCCAUUAACCUUGCAGUGCCUAGACUCUGCUGGUUUAUAUCUUCUUGAUGAUGGAUUCACCUUCCUAGUAUGGUUAGGUAGGAUGCUCCAACCUGAGGUCGUGAACGAUGUUUUUGGAGUCAGCUUGGCAAAUAUCCCUGAUCUAUCAAAGGUCCAGUUGACAGAAUGUGACAACAAUCACUCGAGAAAUUUCAUGACAGUACUAAGAACCCUAUGGGGGAAGGAUUCUUCGUGUUACCAGCUACCCCGUGUGGUACGGCAAGGAGAGCAGCCCAGAGAAAGCUUCUUGCUGUUGUCCAACCUUGUCGAGGAUCAGAUGGCUGGAACAAGCAGCUACGUGGACUGGAUACUCCAAAUUCAUCGCCAAACACAAGGCUCCUGACCAUGGAUGAAAGAACUGCCGUGGUUUAGGCUGUGCUGCCUGUCCCUCAAUGUUACAUUAGAUGUUGGAAAACCAAUAUGAGCGAGCCAGCCACAUGCUGUGUCAUUUUAUUAAUACUUUGCU